AUGGAAAACGACGAGAAAAAAGACGACUCUUUGUGGGAAAACGUUUUAAGAGACGCCCUUUUGAAACCGAACGAAGAGGAGAAGAAUUAUGUAAAAAGGUACACAGAAUGUACUACUGUCCCUGAGGAAACUUUCACCCUUGUCGAUAAGAUAGAUGCAAGUGAUCUUGAAGAGCUGAAACAUUAUUUUUUCCCCGAGGGGAAAAAUUUUUCGAGAAUCCUUUCUGAAAUGGAAUUGUACGAUGUCGGAAUGACUCGACAGCCAUCAAGGGGGAUACCUUUAACUAAAGAAUCCUUUGUCGCAGCCGUCAAGAGCGUUAUUGGAACUCCCUCGUAUGAAACUGCAGCUGCUAAUUUGUUUGAUAUGCUCCAGAAAAAAAAAAUAAUAAAGCAUGAUGUUAUUUGGUGGGAACAACUUCUUGAUGCAAUAAUAGAAGGUGGUCAAGACAAAAAAGAGCCAGAACCAGGAGAAGCAUACACAUUUAAAGAGAAGAAUAAUAUAUUGAUGUCACAUUGCAAGAGUAAAAUUGUUAAAAUAUUGCUGCCUGAAACACCUCACAGUGCGUGCUACAUUAUUAUAUCAAGUUUAGGAAAAGUCGGAAUAUAUGACGAUGGAUUUGUAUUACAAGAAAGCUAUCAAGUACCGAUGGGAAAUUACACGAGUAAAAGGAGCAGCUGGAUCACGAGCGCUUGUUAUGCAUCAGAUACAUCAUCAAUGUUCAUAUCAUCGUCAAAUCGACGACUUUUCAUAUACAAUAUAUCUCAACUAAUUCACAAACUGCAAUUUUCAAUUGAAGGUAUUCCAAAUUCUCCGACUUGCCUCCACUACUCAAUAUUGAGCUCUGAGAAGAAGUCUAUAUUAUUCAUUGGUGAUGAUAGAGGAGAUAUAAUUUCAAUAAGUUUUCAGCAACCUCAAAAGGCGUUUUUCAAGCAGAAACAUUUAAAGCACGAACUAACCUAUAACUGGAUGGAUAUAACCAAUCAAGAUGACUAUGCUAAGAUCAGAAUUUGUAAAGGGGUGCAUCAGGAAGAAGUAUUGGAGGUGUUUUACAUUGAGGAAAACGACUCGCUUAUUAGUUGUAGCAGUGAUCCUUCAGCGAGCGUUGUAAUAAAGGAGAGACAAGGGAAAAGAACUCUUUCCAUACUUAAACUUGAAAAGGGUGUAAAACAUUUUCAUUUAUCAAGAAAAAUUUGUCUUCUCGCCACAACAAACACAGACCAUUUUAUAAUGCUUUGGAAUCCAGUUCAAAUGCUGCAGCCAAUCAAAAUAUUGAAAGGACAUAAAGAACCAGUUAUCGAUGUUUGCAUUUUGAAACAUGUCCAGUCUAUUCUUAGUCUUUCUGCAAAAGGGGUUUUAAAAGUUUGGAGUCUGGAGUCUUUUGUGUGUUUGCAAACUAUCCACUUGAAAUAUCCAUGCAGUGAUCAGAUGGUUGAUACUUCAUCAAACAAGAUUUACCCUGGUUUAAGACAAUUUCCACAAAGCGUGAGCAAGGCGUAUUCUUUGUUUCAAACAUUGCACACUCAAGCAAAUCUAGAUUGGGACGGUCCAGAUUGUAUGUCUGAAACGUUUAGAGAUGUAUGGAUGAGAACUGAGUUUGUCGUGACGUAUUUCAAUUAUGUAAAAAUUGUAACAGUUGAAACCAAAAUAUCUAUGGAAUUUACACCUUUACCAUUACCACGAAGGAAUUUAGAGCCGGCUCUUCCCACCCCUUACUAUCCAUUAACGCAUACUUUCAGGGAAAAUACAAAAAUGCUGAAACAAAGGAUGUUCAAAAACCUUGCAGGUCUGGCACCAUUUUAUGAUUUGGAAAAUGUCGUCACAACAUUUAAAUAUAAAUGUAUUCAAGAUACCAAGGAAUUGAAAAAAUUGGUGAGAGAAGGAGUUCCUCAUUUUGGUGUUGUCCUUUCUUCAACAAAGGAAAUCGAUUACCCCCUGUUUAAGAAAACAGAAUAAAUAGCACGAAAGAAUUUGUUUAUGUUUAUUUGAACUAUAUACAAAUAAUGUAAUGAAAUUUAUUGGCACAUUGUACUCUUUGGCUUUGCAAUUUUGACCAAAAAAUA